AUGGCUGGUCACAUAGCGUUCUUCAUUGCCACUCUACUACUACUUGCCUCGGUUGGAACGUCUUUCAAUCUCAAUUCUCCCAAUCUUCGUAAAGUCUAUCAAUUCCCCAAUGGCACUUGGGUCGAGAAUAUCGCUGUUCGGGCUAAUGGUAACCUCCUAGUAACUCUGGUGAACGUGCCAGAAGUUUGGGAGGUUAUGCCAUCUGCCAAGCCUGGAGGCAGCGAGGCUCGUCUCGUUCAUCAUUUUACCAGUGAAGCAAUGGCCACGGGCAUCGCUGAGCUCUCGCCAGAUGUAUUUGCCGUCAUAACUCCAAAUUCCGUUUGGAGGGUGAAUUUGAAUGAGGGCUGCGAAGAAAGUCCGGUUCGAUUAGCAACACUUCCCGCCGGAAAUCUCAACGGUAUGGCAACAUUGGACCAUGAGACCGGAAGAGUCGCGAUCUCAGAUUCCGAGGCUGGCCUCGUAUGGGGACUGGAUACUCAGACUCGAAAUUUCUCGGUUAUCCUCAGGGACGAGACCAUGGCGGCGAAUACAAAAGAGGGUCCUCUGCUGGGGAUCAACGGCUUGAAAGUGCAUAGUGGGUAUGUCUACUACGUCAAUACCCCGGAACGCAUCUUCUGUCGCAUACCGAUAAACACAACGACUGGCCAUGCGCUUGGUCCGCGUGAAGUCAUCACCCAAGGUGUGCUGGCGGACGACUUUGCGAUUAGCCCACAAGGUGUUGCGUACCUUGCGGGACUGAGGGAUAACAUUAUGACCCGCGUCUUCAUGAAUGGGACCCGGGAGGUGGUUGCAGGGCACCGGAAUUCGACUACACUGAUGUCUGCCACUUCGGCUGGGUUCGGACGGAAACUCGGUGCUGGAACUGUGUACAUAACGACUGGGGGGAAACAAACCAUCCUGUCAACAAUACUAAAUCAAGGGGAGGGAAAGUGA